AAAAUUUCAAAGAAGCAUAGCAUAGUAUCUUGGUCUUGUUUCAGUUGCGUUUGUUUCAACUCUCUCUCUCUCUCUCUCUUCACCGCCAUGGAUGAACGACCUCAACCACCUUCAAACAACGACCCAUUCCUCCUUAAUUAUCAACCUUCCGAGCUUCAAAUCGCCUCUGAGUUUCUCUCCACUUGGCUUCCUUUUCUCUCCAAAGGUCUCUGCCGUACCUGUGUUCAAUCUCUCUCCGAUCGCAUCAAUUCCAUCUCAAUUGCCCCAGAGUCUGCAAACAAAAUUGAAAAUUCUGAGAUUAAGGUUGAUGUAGAAGACAACUGUGAUUGUCAUUCUCUUGGGAGUUGGAAUGAUGGUGUGCAGGGAAAUUCAAUCUCGGAAGCUCCGAGUCCACGCAUGUCUUGGGCUGAUAUGGCACAAGAAGAUGAUGAAUUUGGUGAAGAGGAACAUGAUGAAAAUGAUAGCAAUGUUGGUGUGGUUUCAGGGAACAACUCAGGAGAAAAUAGGGUUGUUGCUGAUAAGGCUGUUUUGCCUAGGGAACAAAGAGAGUAUAUUAGGUUUAUGAAUGUGAGGCGUAAGAAAGAUUUUAUUUGUUAUGAAAGGGUUAAUGGAAAAUUGGUGAACAUUCUUGACGGUCUUGAGUUGCAUACCGGUAUCUUUAGUGCUGCUGAACAGAAGAGGAUUGUUAACUACGUUGCUUCUUUACAAGAGAUGGGGCAAAAGGGAGAGCUCAAAGACCGGACAUACUCAGCUCCUAGAAAGUGGAUGCCGGGCAAGGGACGCCAAACUAUCCAAUUUGGGUGCUGUUACAAUUAUGCAGUGGAUAAGGAUGGUAACCCACCGGGUAUUCUCCACCAUGCAUCCAUAGAUCCUUUACCUGAUCUUUUCAAGGUCAUCAUUCGACGCCUAGUCAAGUGGCAUGUACUUCCAACUACUUGUGUGCCAGAUAGCUGUAUCGUGAAUGUGUAUGAAGAAGGGGACUGCAUACCUCCACACAUUGAUAAUCACGAUUUUGUUCGACCAUUUUGUACUGUCUCAUUUCUAAGUGAGUGCGACAUACUUUUUGGGUCAAACCUGAGGAUUGCAGGUCCUGGUAAAUUUGAUGGUUCGUUUGCUAUUCCUCUACCUGUAGGAUCUGUACUUGUUUUAAAUGGAAAUGGAGCUGAUGUUGCUAAGCAUUGUGUACCUGCAGUUCCUACAAAAAGGAUAUCAAUCACAUUUAGAAGAAUGGAUGAAUCCAAGCGACCUGCUGGGUAUAUCCCAGAACCUGAUCUUCAGGGGAUCCAACCAUUGGCCUAUGAAGCUGAGCAAGAAGAAAAAAAGUCAACUGUUGGGGAAAAUGGGGAAAACAGACCUAACAAUCAUUAUAUGAGGAGAGAUAAUAGAAGAGGUGGCAGGAAUGAUGGAAUGGGAUCUGCACCUAGAAGCGAUAGAUUCUCAGAGCCUCGUGAGUGGACUCAGAAUUCACCAAGAUCUGCACCAACUCGAAACAAUAGAUAUUCAGAGCCUCGUGAGUGGAAUCAAAAUUCACAAAGAUAUGCACCCAGAAAUGAUAGAUUCUCUGAGCCCAGAAAUGACAGAUUCUCUGAGCCUCGCGAGUCGCCGCAAAGUUCACAAAGAUCUGCAAAUAGGUGGAGUAGGGUAAGGUCGAGCAGUUAAAAAGACGGUGUAUUAUUAGGAUCUGAGGCUCAUACUGGUUCACAGUUGAAGUCAAUUCUCUGAUCUUCAUGCCCAUCACUUGGUAAUGUUGAAUAGAUUUGUUAUGGGAGGUUUCUUGACUUUGGUUUUCGAGAAUGCUCUACUCUCUGGCAAUUUUAUCAUAUGACGAUUGGGGGCUGUUUUGGCACCUUCAAUUCGUUAGCCAGAGGCGCUGGUGUAUAUUAAACUGAGUGAGAACUUGUAUUUGUCAUUUUUUUAGUACCAAGCUAGAAUGUAGCUGGGUUAUAUAUUGACUUCUAUUUUUUCAGGUUGAUGCUUUAUACCUAAAAAUAUUCAUUUUUGAGGUGAUAAAUACUUGGUUGUGUGAGGUCAGUGUUUUUAGCGCUGCUAGAAUUGCUUGGUUUGAGACUUGUAGUGGAAUCUAAUCAUUUUGAAAUUGCUUGUUUGUGAAAGGAUGAAUUGAAGAAUGUUGUUUAGUACAAUAAACAGUUAUACAUACCGUUGAUCA